GCUUCCUCUUCUAUGCAGUGGACUGCCUCCUCCUCCUCUUCAUGCAGUCACAUGCUGACAAUCCUCACACCACUGCAGUAUCGGUGGUGAACAGUUUUUUAUCUGUGAAUCCUCCCAUCGCUGGCUUUAAACAUUUUGUUUAUAGGUGUGACAACACAGCCAUUUGAAAGAGAACAGAAGGACCGGCCCUCAACCUCUUUCUGAUUUCCUCCUUUGACAGAAAAAACAACAUAAAGAUGUCCGAUGCUCUUUGUAUUGCGGGUUCGUUUUUUGGAUCUGCAGAAGGACAGCAAGACUGCGGUUCCUGUUACCUGAUAAAUAUGGGGUCCGUAUUGGGCAUUAUAGCCUCUGAUAUCAUCUUGACAGUCUUCAUCACCAUUUCUGUGUUCUGCUUUGCGACUUACCACAGGAGAAGGAGGGAAUGGGAUUCUCGUGAAGCAGGUAAAAGAAAUCUGCCAUUAUCAGCAUCAAAGAAAAUGGCAACAGAGGUCACAGAAUCUCCCUACCAGGAGUUAGACAUAGUCCAAUCUGAUGACUACAGUGACCUUCGGCACUUUAGGAAAUGAAACAAUGGAACUAUAAAAAUCCGAACAAUGCCUUGUCUGCAAGCUAUAAUAGCGCACACAUCUUUUGUGUGCGUGAGACACUUCUACUCCCGCUGCAUUUUAGGUAAUAACAUACAUGUAUUUUGUAUGUUGUAUUAAGUAUGGGGUUGUGUUGAAUGUAAUGUUCACUGCAAAACAUUCUUGUUUUUUUCUCAAGCUGUAUUCAAAUGUGUUUUUCUAUUUA